AGGCGGGGAGCCCACGCGGUAGGGGAAGACGCUUCCCUUUCUCACGCCCCCUCCCCGAACCCUGGAACCCAGCCCCGAAGGAAACGCGCUCCCUUCCCGCUGCGGGAUCUCGGCUGGCGCAGCGCCGCUCGGCCAGCCAGGAGGAGACCUCCAAUCGCCGCCCCGACUCCCCGAGGGGUUUUUCUCGGAUCCCUCGUGCCCACGGUCACGGGCGCGGGAGCGGCCAGGGCCGGCGGACCUUCGCUCUGCAUUCCCAGGUUUGGGCGCCUUCGGCCCCGAAGGGAAGCACCCCGGUGGCAGCCAGCUCCCGCCAGUCCGCCCUGCCCUGCCCGCCGCCCGGCCGCCGCGCCUCCUGGCACCGCCUCCUCCAGUAAAUACAGUGGCGGCCCGCCCUCCGCGCCGGGACCCGCAGGUGGAGUGUGCGGUGCGGCACCGCCGAGAGCCCAACCCGAGGCAGAGCCGGGCUCCGAGAAGCGCCCCGGAGCAGGCAGCGCGCACGCAGGACCCAGUCGCAGGGCUGUUGAAGCCACUGGAGGGAAGGUAACACAGCCCACCCCUCUCCGGGGAGGGGCCCCUUCUGGCCAUGUCUCCUGCAGCAGCUGAACCAGAUGGGGUCCAGCGAGACAGGCAUGUCAGCAUGCUCAUCUUCUUCCUUUUCGUCUUUGGUGCCAUCCUGCUGUUUGUGGGGGUCCUGCUCUCCAUCUUUGGGUUCCAGGCAUGCCAAUACAAACCCCACCCAGAUUGCAGCCUGGUGCUGAAGGUCGCUGGGCCCGCGUGUGCCGCAGUUGGGCUCGGGGCCGUGAUCCUGGCCCGCUCCCGGGCACUCCUUCAGUUCCGGCAGGGGCGCUGUCGGGGCAACCGGGCGGACUCCGACCGGCCCUUCAUCUGCGGAGAGAGCCGCCAGUUUGCCCAGUGCCUCAUCUUUGGAUUUCUGUUCUUGACCAGCGGCAUGCUCAUCAGCAUAUUGGGCAUUUGGGUCCCUGGCUGUGGCUCAGACUGGGAGCAGGAACCACUGAAUGAGACAGACACUGCCGACGAGGAGCCCCAGAUCUGUGGAUUCCUGUCCCUGCAGAUCAUGGGACCCUUGAUUGUGCUCAUGGGACUGUGUUUCUUCGUGGUCGCCCAUGUUAAGAAGAGAAACAACUUGAACGAGGGCCAGAAUGCCUCUGAAAGCGAAGAGAGACAGACCCAGAACACGGAGCCUGUGCAGGUCACUGUAGGUGAUGCCGUGAUCAUAUUCCCGCCCCCUCCGCCUCCUUACUUUCCUGAGUCUUCAGCUUCUGCCGUGACCAGAAGUCCUGGAGCAGACAGUUUGCUUCCAAAUGAAAAUCCGCCUUCAUAUUACAGUAUUUUUAACCAUGGCAGGACUCCAGCUCCUGAGGGCCAAGGCACAGCCCCUGAGAGAGAGCGUGUAUCCAUCUACACCAUUUCGGGGACUCCUUCGUCCUCUGAGACCUCCCACACACCACAUCUCUCGUCUGAACUGCCUCCCAGAUACGAAGAGAAAGAAUCUGCUGCAGCCGCAUCCUUGUCUCCCUCUUCUCAGCCUUCCCCACCAUGAACUAGUGACUCUGGUUCAAUUUUACAUAGAACCGAUCACUAUUUUAUUUAAUUUGUUUUUUAAUAAAAAGUACAAUAGCA